AUGUCUGACAGUUUGUUAGAAGAAUGUGGAUUGCGGAGUUAUUCUGAAAUAACUAAACAUGAAAAUGAUUAUAAUGAUAUACAUUAUAAAAAACAUGAGAAUCGGAAUAUCGAACAAAAUUCCUCAACCGAACUUGACGAGUUUGUGAUUGGAGAGAGUAGCUUUAAUGACCGCAGAAAGCUGAUCGAGUCCAAACGGGCACAUGUAAGAUAUUUGACAGAAGUAGAGAAGAAACAGGAUGAAAUUAGGAACCUAUUGGCACAACAGCAGAAAUUCUAUAAUGAAAUCAAAACUAAGUUUGACUCAGAUAAAAUAAGUGAUCAUAAUGAGGAAAUUAAUUGA